GGUCAAACAUUUAGUAGCAAAAGCUUGACAUUUUCCUUUCGUCGCUCUGAUCUGAGUUUUAUCCUUUUAUUUCUUUAAUCAAUUCAUUUUCUUCUUCUUCUUCGUCUUCAAUGGGCAUUAGUUGUUCAUACGAAGUCAGGUCAACGACGCUUCUUGUUUGCCAAUUUCAUUCUUGUUUUUUGAGCUUUAAUCCAAGCUAGAUUUUUGAUUCCCAAAUCUCUGUGUUUUUUACUUGCCUACUUCAAAAGAUUCAUCAUUUUUUAUAAUCCACGCUUCAACCAAAGAUUUACUUUUUCUCUGAGCUCAACUCAAUCCAAGAAACACCCACUUGAGACAACUCUGGUCCUGGAUCUGUUUCCCACAUCAAAAAGUUUCAAAAUUUGAGCUCAAAACGGAUCCAAAAAUCUUGGAAUCUUUACCCUUACAGAAACCAGUUAUGGUAGUAGAAGAACAAAACCUUGAAAACGGCGGAUCCGUCCAUGUGGUCAAAGGAGAAAGCUAUUUCCGUAAUGUGGUGUGGGGUCCAGUCCGGUGGCUAAAGAUGCUGGCGAGAGAGCUUCACUGGAGCUUUGUGUUCGGUGUGGUCUCACUGUACGGAAUAAACCAAGGGCUUGGUGGCUCACUGGGUCGUGUAGCCACAGAGUAUUACAUGAAAGAUGUUCAAAAGGUUCAGCCUUCUGAAUCUCAGGCUCUCACUGCAAUCACUAAGAUUCCAUGGAUCAUUAAGCCUAUUUGGGGCAUUCUCACUGAUGUUCUUCCCAUGUUUGGCUUCCACAGACGCCCUUACUUCAUUUUAGCUGGGGUGCUUGGAGUGGUUUCUUUGUUGUUUAUUUCGAUUCAUAGUAAUUUACACCUUUACUUGGCACUGUUUUGGAUGACAAUAUCAAGUGCUGCAAUGGCAAUAGCCGAUGUAACCAUUGAUGCUUGCACCGCCUACAACAGCAUCAAACACCCUUCUCUUGCAUCGGAUAUGCAGAGCUUAUGCAGUUUAAGCUCCUCCAUUGGAGCACUUGUUGGUUACUUUAUGAGUGGCAUCUUAGUUCAUCUUGUUGGCCCCAAGGGCGUGUUUGGCUUGCUGACAUUCCCAUUCGCAUUAGUAUCGGUAGUCGGGGUUGUGUUUAGUGAGUCCCAUGUUCCUGGUUUCUCUUACAAACAGGUAAAUCAGAAAUUUGCCGAUGCAGGGAAAGCAAUGUGGAGGACAAUGAAAUGCUCAGAUGUGUGGCGGCCGAGUCUGUAUAUGUAUAUAUCCCUUGCUCUUAGUUUGAACAUUCAUGAAGGUCUCUUCUAUUGGUUCACAGAUGCAAAAGAUGGCCCUUUGUUUGCUCAGGAAACGGUUGGUUUCAUUCUCUCAAUUGGUUCAAUAGGGUCGAUUCUAGGAGCAACGCUGUACCAGCUGGUCCUAAAGGAUCAUCCGUUCCGUGGCCUUUGUUUGUGGACUCAACUUCUCUAUGCCUUAUCCGGAAUGCUUGACCUCAUUCUUGUGCUACGUCUCAACUUAAAAUUUGGCUUACCGGACUAUCUCUUCAUAGUAGUCGAUGAGGUAGUUUCUCAGAUGAUCGGACGCCUGAAAUGGAUGCCGCUGCUCGUCCUCACUUCAAAGCUUUGUCCUCACGGAAUCGAAGGGACCUUCUUUGCGUUGCUAAUGUCAAUUGACAAUGCAGGCGUCAUGACCUCGUCAUGGCUCGGAGGAGUGUUGUUGCACGUCCUCAAGGUGACUCGGACUGAGUUUGGUAACCUCUGGCUUGCGGUUCUGCUCAGGAAUGUUAUGAGAGUUUCACCGCUUUUUGUUCUGUUUCUUGUGCCUAAGGGAGAUCAGAACACAUUCAAGCUCCCUGAUGAGAUUAUGGGGGAAGAUUCGGACGGAGAGGGAGACGAAAAAGAAGAAACUCGGAAUUUGGAAUUGGCGUCUCUUGUUCAAUCCGUUGAUAGAAGAUAGCUACAGUGUUCUCUUUUUAUAGAAAUUUGAAGCAAAUGCUUCAGUUUUUCAGCAUUUUCUCUUGACUUUACUUCCACUGAUACCAAGUGCAAGUUUUCUCAGUAUACAUAACAAAUUUGUGGGCCUAAAAUA